CAGAGAGGACAGGCUCUUCCCCCCCCCCCCCGCCCACAAAGGGCUCUCCUUGCCUCCUCUGUCAACUCCAAAAGCCCAAAAACUUAAUUUCCUUUGCAUUUAACCAAAACCCAAACACGUUGGCAUAAAAGUGGAGGGUUUUCUGAACUUUGCUGAAAUUUUUCUUCGCCAGAAAUAUCGCUUCCUCCAGAACCUUCCUGAAGUUCUGUGAGAGUUUUUAAAAACCUCGUGUCUCCUUGAGAACUUCAGUGUCGGUCUUCAGAGUGACACAGAGCUGACUUCCUCAGGACAGUCUUCCCGUCUCUGCCCAAACAAUCAAAUGAAACCAAAUGGAUUGUUUUUAAUUUAGAAAACAAUAAUUAAAAUCGAAGUCCCUCCAAAGGAAUUCAGAGAGAUUCAUGCACAAAAUUUCCUGUCACUAUGACAAAUGGUUUUCAGGGAAAAACCAAAUGCUCACCUCAUUCGAUGCAUUUGACCUCAUGUGAAUUCGAAGACCAGUUGCUCACCUCCUCCCUCUGGAAUUUUCUGGCCAGGAAUUCAGGCAGAACGUGUUCAGAGAGUCUGUUUUUAGAAAUUUUAGAUUCUGCUGGCAGGAGUGUCAAUGGAAACAACCUCUUUGGAGGACAAAUUGAUGACAGCUGUCAAAAUGUAAAAUGUUAUUGCUUUAGGACCCAGCAAUUUCACUUGUGGAGAUUUGAUAUCAAGUCUUAUUUUGUUCACUGAAACAAAAAAUUUAGAAACAGUCUAAGUGCCCAUUGGUAAUUAUUAUGGUAAUGUAUGUGCUGAAAACCUAAACAGCGGUCAAAAGGAAUCAACAAUCUCAAAGUCAUAAUGUUGAGCAAAAAGAGGAAGUUUCAUCAUUACCUUUUCCAUUUAAAAAAAAAAUCUAGCUUUUAAAACAAAUUAUUGGAAAAAGAAACAUUACAAAGCAAAGUUGUGAGAUCAAAUUGCCAAAAAGAAUGUUAUUUUUGAGCUUGAUACAAAAGACAUUAGUGUGUAUGUUGAAAACUCUUGUCCUUACACUGUGGCGGUUGCUCAAAAUUGUAGCACAUCAGGUCUAGAGUGGCUUUUUGGUUUUCCAGGAGUUUAUGGUUGCCUUUCUUUUCCCUUGACAACAGAUAUCAUGUUCAUACAUACAUAUAUGCAACAUCUUCAAUAUACAGUGAAAGAUAGCCAAGAUCUUAAGUUCAUACCAAGACUGUCACACCUCCUGGCAUUGGCCUAAGCACUGCCCCCUUGCCUGAGCUCUCAACUGGACCCUUGUCACCCAGGCUCUACCCCUGUCAUGCCCCCUUUCCCCUGGUGAUCCCACAGGCCCAGGGCAACAACAGCGGGGACAGUGUCCCUCCCCUGUGUCUCAUUUCCCCAGCCUCACAUCAGAGGCUGUGCAUGAUCCAGCCCCACCUUAAAAAAUGACCACCUUUUAUUAAGGUUAACUGUGUGCCAGGCACUGUGACAAGUGUCUCACAACUGGCUUUGUUGCCUCCACUUUAGACAGGAGAAAACUGAGGCUCAAGGAGGAGAAGUCGCUUGUCCCAGGUCUUACAGCGGUAGGUGGCCCAGCCAGAACUUAACUCCAGAGGCCUGCAUUGAAACCAUGUAUUCACUCUGCCUACGUGACUCCCCAUUAAUGCAGAUGGGAGAUGUCCUCCUCCCACCCUGCUCCAGGGGACUCUGGGUGGGCCUGGCCAACCCAGAGAAAUAGCUAGUUGGGCACCACUUGCAGCCCCCAACCCUCCUCCCUCCCAGUAGUGGCUGGGAAGGGUCCGGAAUCAGGAAUCAAUGGGUAGCUGCAAAGGCCAAAGGUCAGACAGGGGUUUCCUGCCCAUCCCUGGGAACUUCCUCCAUCCCGACCCAACUCCCACCUCCUUGAUGAACACCACCCUGGAGGACCCCUCCCCGCUCAACUACCCCCCACUCCACUCUCCUGGCUAAUAGGGGGCUGGGUCCCCAUGCCACCGCCUUCAGCCUGCUGUGCCCCCCACAGGCAGUGGACAGCAACUGUGUUAUCGUCACCCACCCAUGGUCCAGCCUCCUUUCCAUCCCCUUGCCCCGUUCCCCUCGGAUCCUGUCAGCCUUGACCCCAUGGGGCUAGGGGCUGUGUCCCACUCUGUCUCCCCAAGACUGAGGACCCCUCACCGCCAGGCCUGGGGCUCUUGGUGAGGCCUCUGGCAUCACCCAGCAUAGGGGUUUUCCCUGGAGCUCCUGGAUCUGGGGGGACAUGUAGGAGGGCAUACCCAGAAUCCUUUGCUCCUUGGUCCCGAAACCCCUUCCUUGCCCACCUGGGGGUGACCCACAGUGAAGCCUGACCCCCUCUAUCUGGCGCUUCCCCUUCACCAUCUCACAGAGCCCCAAGAUGAGGUUUCCAGCAGGAAAUGGUAGUAAUAAUAGCAACGGCAAAUCAUUUCUCCCAGCCCCCUCCCCGGCCCUGGGACCUGGUACUGUGCCCACCUCAUCUCACAGAGGGGAAAACCGAGACAGGAGAAGCCCCUCACUCAAGCUCACCCUGGCCCCAGGUUCACUGCUGCCUGUGCUUACUAAGCGCCUACACGAGCCAGGCAUUGGGUGGGAUGACAGCUAGGGGAACCCGCGCCACCACCACCCACCCAUCAGCCCUCCGUGAGGCCUUCCUGUGCCAAUUACUGAGCACCCACUGUGUGCCUGGCCCUCAGCUAAGCGCUCCGCACAAUUUAGCUCCUGUAAUCAUCACUGCCAUGUAAGGUGGGUACACAUCUGUAGCCAGCCCUCCCUGAGGGGAGGUGAGUCCAGCUCUGUGAACGACCAGAGUGAGACACCCAGGUGGUGCUUUCUCCUCCCAUCGUCUCGGUAUCCUCCUCCCCACGAUGGGGAUGUCGACAUGAGGUCACAGGCAGGUGAGACCAGCUCUGGGCACAAAGCAAGGGCAGGUGGGGAAAAUGAGGCUCAGCAAGGCCGAGAAGGCCUGGUCCCCUCGCCGGUGCCCCACCCAGCGUUAAUCAGAGAGGCCCAGACGUGACAUGGUGCCCUCCCCCCUUCCCUUCACAGCCCGGGUGGGAGUGUUGUGAUAACCCACAGCCCCCGUUUCCUCCUGGCCAGGAAGGAGCCAGGCAGAGGAAGUAUUAAGAGGAGUAAUAUAAACACUUCCCCCCUCCCCCCUGCCGUGGCAAGGUCUAGAAGGGGCAGAAGCCACCACCCAGAGCAGACCAGCCAGCAGAGCAGUGCCGGCGCACCGGGCAGAAGCUGGGAGGAGAUGGGCUCGGCGAUGGAGCACGGGGGACCCUAUUCACGGGCGGGGGGCAGCCCGAGGGGCUGCUGGUACUACCUGCGCUAUUUUUUCCUCUUUGUCUCGCUCAUCCAAUUCCUCAUCAUCCUGGGCCUUGUCCUCUUUAUGGUCUACGGCAACGCGCACGUGAGUACCGAAUCCAACCUGCAGGCCACCGAGCGCCGGGCUGACGGCCUCUACGGCCAGGUGGUGGGGCUCACAGCCUCCCAGGCCAACCUGUCCGAGAAGCUCAACCUCACCUCCCGCGCCAAGGAUGCCAUCAUGCUGAUGCUGCUAAACGCCCGCCGCGACCUGGACCGAAUCAACGCCAGCUUCCGCCAGUGUCAGGCCGACCGGGUGAUCUACAUGAACAACGAGCGGUACAUGGCUGCCAUCAUCUUGAGUGAGAAACAAUGCCAAGAACAACUCAAAGAAAGUAACAAGAGCUGCGAUGCUUUGGCCCUCACACUGAACCAGAAAGCCAAGACACUGGAGGUGGAGCUGGCAAAGGAGAAGGUGGUAUGUACCAAAGACAAGGACAGUCUGGCGUUGGGCAAGCGAGCGAUGGAGGAACAGCUGGCCGAGUGCAGCAAAGCCCAGGAGCAGCAGCGGCAGGAGCGACAGCUGGCCGAGGACCGUCUGCAGAAGGUGCAGGCCCUCUGCCUCCCGCUGGACAAGGACAAGUUUGAGAUCGAGCUGCGCAACCUCUGGAGGGACUCCAUCAUCCCGCGCUCCCUUGAAAGCCUGGGCUACAGUAUGUUCCAUCCCCUUGGCUCGGAACUGCCCUCCAUCCGGAGAACCUGCGACCACAUGCCCACCCUCAUGAGCUCCAAGGUGGAGGAGCUGGCCCGGAGCUUGCGGGCUGGCAUCGAGCGUGUGACCCGUGAGAACUCGGACCUCCAGCGCCAGAAGCUGGAGGCCGAACAGGGUCUGCGCGCCAGUCAGGAGGCCAAGGAGAAGGUGGGGAAGGAGGCCCAGGCCCGGGAGGCCAAGCUCCAGGCUGAAUGUGCCCGGCAGACCCAGCUGGCCCUGGAGGAGAAAGCAGUGCUGCGGAAGGAGCGUGACAACCUGGCCAAGGAGUUGGAGGAGAAGAAGCGGGAGGCUGAGCAGCUCAAGAUACAGCUGGCUGUCAGCAACUCGGCCCUGGACACCUGCAUCAAGGCGAAGUCGCAGUCAAUACCAGUGCCAAGACCUGCAGGCCCUGCCCCCAAUCCCCCGCCCAUUGACCCAGCUGGGCUGGAGGAAUUCAAGAGGAGGAUCCUGGAGUCCCAGCGACCCCCUGCCAGCAGUGUCUUAGCAUCAGCUAGUGGCUGAGGAGGCUCUAGGCCCCGAGGACCGAGGGGUGGCCCCGACUCACCGGUCUGGAGACUAGGUGCAGCGAGACGCCCACGGCGAGGGACACAGCCAGGGUGGAGUCAGAUAACGCACGCACGACAAAGGGGGCGCCCUUGGCCUGCGUCCUCUGCUCAUCCUCCGCCACACCGCACCCACACCCCCUAACACUCUCUCCGCACCACACAAUCCCUCACCCCCUAGAUGCCGGGACGACGUCACAGAUGCAGUGACAUCAAUCACACAGACGUGGUGGUGACGUCACACAGAGACAAGGCAAUGACAUCACAGAGAUACACGGCGCCAUCACACACGCACUUUCUGCCCAGCCCUUGCCCAGAAUCACAUCCCUUUGUGCACGCGGGUCAAGGCACCCACAGCAUCCCACACUCAGCUGGAGCAUCUUAGCGCUCCAGGUCUGGGGGAGUGAGAACAGGAAGACAUUCACCUUCGUCCUCCCCUGAGAGUUUCCAGGCCCCCAAGAGAGGGAGCAUCUGGUCCAGGGGACCCCUCAGAGCCCACGAGGGUGCUGCCCCUUCACUCUCUCUCCCCUCCAUAUCCAGCCUUGCCUGUGACCCAUAUAAAUGUUAGUGGCACUAAAUAAAUGUUAUCAAA